AUGUUCCUACACGUAAUUGUUUUGGAUGCCAUCCUGCUGCUGGCGAUCGUUAGCCAUUCGAGUGGAGGGACCUACGAACUUUUGGUGGCCGAUGAGAAACUCUUCAGUGAUUGCCCGAAUCAGGCAGUAGGCACUCUCAAUCAGCAUGGCAUGUUCGACUUAUCAGACUUGAAUAGAAGCAUGAAUGCGGACGGUGUAAACAUCGCAGGAAGCCUCACGUGCGCGUGGGAUGUUCAACCCGAAGAUCGUGUGGAGAUGUCCAUUACCCUUCUCUAUUUCGACAGAGGCAACUGGCAGUCCACCGUCUUCUCCUUGGUGUCGAAGGACUUUUGCAAGAGCAUGUACGACGAGAAGCAGUAUUGGUACAAGUUCUGGACCCAACACGUUACGAAUUCCGCAGAUGUAAAGGAUAAAUGUGUCCUUUACCCUGGUACGAAAUUACAGCUGGAGCCGUUUAUGCUGUCCUUGAGGGCCUCCACCUCGGGACCAUUCCGGAAUGGACGCUACAAGGCCCGGAUCCGCUUCAUUGCUUUCGAUCAGAGCGGGGCCAGUCGCCAACCGAACAUCUGCUUCGAGAUUAUGGGCGACAUUUACAAAGUUUGAGU